AUGGCUGCUGAAACCGACACAUCUCAAGAUGCCAUCACUAGAGAAGAGAUCGCAGGGACGGCACCAUCCCCAUCACCGUCGUCCACCCGCAACGCAUUCACCACUCUUAUGGCUCCAAAGUCCAAACGACCAUCGGUGCCUCCUACUUCAUCCUCCAGUAGCAAGAAGAGAGGCGGCCCCUUCUUCAACCCUCGCAACAACCUAGGAACUUACAUCGCGCACCCUGAAACCGCCAACCGUGUAAUAUUCCAUAACCCAUCCUUCGUCGCAAUCCACGACCUGUACCCCAAAUCGAGCGUGCACACACUCCUUCUCCCGCGCUCUGCAGAGUAUAACCUUCAACACCCCUUCGAUGCCCUCUCACACCUCGAAUUCCUCGCCCAAGUCCGCGCGGAAGCAGAUAAACUCAAGGACAUCGUAGCAAAAGAACUCCGACGUAUCUAUGGGCCCUAUUCAGCGCAAGAUUCCAAACGUGAGGCUAUCUUGUCGGGGGAAGUCGAUCUGCCUGAAGGUGAAGAACUUCCCGCAGGCCGCGAUUGGGAGAAAGAGGGGGAGUUUGAGGCGUGGAAACGGGUGGAUCCGUUUACAACCAUCUCUAUGCCAGUUGUAGGAAGACCCACAAACGACGCCGCCUCAGAGAUGCCGCCUCCUCCAUAG